AUGGAUGCCAACCAUUGGAUGAGUAUAAUAUCCAUCCGUGUACCGCAAAUAGUGUUAUGGAUACUGCCCGUACAGGAUGUCAAGGUACGUUAUGGUGCCAAGUGGGCACUGGUUACUGGCGCAUCCUCUGGCAUUGGAGAGGAGAUUGCCAACAGACUGGGUAAACAAGGUGUCAAUCUUGUGCUGGUCUCUGAUCAGGAUCAACCACUGACAGCAGUUGCCAACCGUAUUCAGCGUGAGUGUCGAGUGACCACCAAGACUAUCUGCGCGGACCUCUGUACAGACCAGUCGGUGCAGACAAUUGCCAGAGAGACCGAGUCCCUUCCAAUCAACUUGGUAUUCAACAAUGCCGGCUAUAUUGUGAUGGAGGGAUUCCAUCAGAGUGACCUCCAGUCCAAGGUUAACAACCUUCACUGCAAUGCUGUGGCCGCAGUAAAGAUAACUGAUGUGUUCUAUCGACGAAUGGUCGAAUCCAAGACCAAGGGCGCCAUAUUCUUUACAUCCUCAAGCGUUGCCUCAUGUCCUUCACCAAACUCUGCAAUAUAUGCAGCCAGCAAGUCGAUGUUGACAUCAUUCGCAGAGACACUAUCGAUUGAGGCGCGACGAUUCAACAUUGAUGUGCUUGCGGUGCAGCCUGGCUAUGUGCGCACCAAGAUCUUUGACCGCCUCCCCAACUUGUACAUUCUCAAGGCAUUGGCAUUCAUCUCACAGGAUCGCUCGGCAGUUGUCGACAUGAUGUUCAAGAGUGUUGGACGUCUACACUUUGUAGUUGUGGACAGCGGUCCAUUUGCUAUUGUUGCCAGCAUUGCUCGAAGUAUUCUCGGUGGCAAUGUCAUGACCUUUUUAAUAUCACUAAUCACCAAGUACAUCCUCAUUGACAUGAGGAAGUUCAACGAGCCACCUUCAAGCAGCAACAGCAGCAUCAGCAAGAACAGUAGUAGUGAUGGAGACAAUCGGAAGAAACGUUGA